GGUCUAAACCAUCCUCAGUAUGUUCGCAGGCUCGGCCUCUGUACUAGGAAACAUGAGCACGGUGACAUAUUCAGAGUCCCGGGCGGCGCGGCGCACUGCCGCUGGAUAAAGCAGAGGAGGAGACGGCGGUCCGUGUGGUUUGAGCUCAGGAUCUCCAGACGGGAACAUGUGAGCAGGGAAUGGGCGACUGGAAAGAGGAUUAUUGUUCUACACGGCAGAGAGACGCAGGAGGGGCCCGGGACAGAUUACUUAGUUAUUAGUUGGAGGCGCAGAUGCAGCUGUUUACAAACAGACCUUAAACUUACGCAUCACAACAACACACAAGUCAAAGCGUAGUACUGUGUCGUUGAACAGACAUUUAGCCCCGUACGGAGUGACACGGGGACAGUGUGACAGACGCAUCAAAGGAGGUUUUGUUCUUUUUUUUUUUUUUUUUUUUUUUUUUUUUUUUUUUAAUUUUUGCUCAAGAGAGAAAUCAGAGGAAUAUCUGUCCAAAGAUGAACACCAUUGUCUUUAACAAGCUGAGCAGCCAGGUCCUGUUUGAGGAGAAGGCGAAAGAGGUGGAAAUGAGCAGCAGAAAUUAUUUAGAAGUCAUCGACGGGCAACAUCCAGACCUCCUCUCCAGCAACCAGACAAUCAGAGACAACCAGGCCAUCAGACACAGGAGGAGCGGGGGCCGUCCCAGUGGCGGUAAAGUGCGACACAAGCGUCAGGCCCUACAGGACAUGGCACGGCCACUCAAGCAGUGGCUCUACAAGCACCGAGACAACCCCUAUCCAACCAAGACGGAGAAAAUCCUGCUGGCACUUGGCUCACAAAUGACCCUGGUGCAGGUCUCCAACUGGUUCGCUAAUGCCAGGAGGCGACUGAAGAACACGGUGAGGCAGCCGGACCUGAGCUGGGCACUAAGGAUCAAACUCUACAAUAAAUAUGUCCAGGGCAAUGCUGAGAGGCUGAGCGUCAGCAGCGACGACAGCUGCUCAGAGGAUGGAGACAACCCUCAGAGGACACAUAGCGGCCCUGAGGAGCUCAACAAGCCCAUGUACCAGAGUGUCAUUAAGAAGGAGGGCUCUUCCAUGGUGGGCAUGGCCAUGGGUAUGGGUGCGGGUCUGCGGUCCGCUGCUGAAGCCGCCUCACUGACCGAGGACUAUGUGUCUCCACCCAAGUACAAGAGCAGCCUCCUUCACCGCUACCUGAAUGACUCACUGCGUCACGUCAUGGUGGCCAAUGCUGUCAUGGAUGCUCGUAAGAGGAACCACUCCGGUUCCUUCAGCUCCAAUGAGUAUGAUGAUGACCUGCUAUCACCGUCCUCCUCUGAGGCUGAGGCGAACUUUGUUUAUCGGGCUGAAACCACAGACCAUGGAUCAAGUAAAUGCGACAUUGGCAGCAGUGGCAUCAGCGUUGGACAGAAAGAGAAGGUGAAGGGCAAAGACGAGACAUACUGGAAGGAGAUUAAUGCUGCCAUGGCCUUGACCAACUUGGCUCAGGGGAAGGACAGUGCCUCGGGGACCACCAGCUGCAUCAUCCAGAAGUCCUCCCAUAUAGCGGAGGUCAAGACUGUUAAAGUGCCACUGGUGCAGAAAUACUAACCCCCACUGGUGGCUCCACAUCACCCCCUGUCUUCCUAUGCAAACUGGCAAACAUUCCUACAGCAAACUCCCAAGAGUCCAAAUAAACUACCCCUGUGAGGUGAACAAAAAGAGAACUGUUGGGGGUUUUUGAGGCGUUGAACAGAAAAGAGAAAUCUUUUUUGUUUUUGAAGUUUAUAAAGUGCAAAAGAGGCCUUGACCGUCUUUUUCUUUGCUCAGCUGAUGCUCAAAAGACAAGAGCUGAUGAUAGUUUCACUGCAGUUUUUCCUAAAACAAGACAAUUUUGUAAUGUUAACUUAUUUUUAAUAAGUGAUUUUUUUCUUCUUUUGUAUGCUACAUAAUGUGUUUGUCAAAUUUUGCCAAAGUGCCUUUGUUCUUAAAACACAUAACUCACUGGCUGUGGCCGAUAUAAGUACAGUAUUAACAUGCCUCUGUGGGAUUGGUGACGGUUUAUUUUACUAAAUUUAGAGUCACAGUAAGGAAGUGUUUAGUGAAGGAAAACUCCCUAUCAAUAUGUGCCUUAAGCAGCGAAUGAGCUCACCAAUAGAGGUGCUGUUUAUGUAUUAGCACACAUAAACAGCAGUAAUUUCUUGAGGACAUUGUGCUUGUUUUGACUGGAGUCUUCAUUUUGACUGUAAACCAAACAGUUUUGUCUCAGACUUUUUGUAGCUGGCAGAUCUUAAAGGAGUAGGACAUGUAGGAGAUGUAGAUAAGCUGAGCACUUGCUCUAAUAUGAGCAGGAAAUUGAUGAGCAGCCACUGUUCUUCACCUUGUAUUCAUUUCAGCCUUGGAUUUCAUUAACCAGCGAAGGACUCCUUUUUUAUCGGCUGCACAAAACUCAGCUGGACCCGGAUGAAGUCACGUUCUCUCAGUGACAGAUAUUUGUAGACUAGGUUCAGUACUGUAUCAGUGCUAAAGGAAGAAUGCCAUGACCUAAAAAAGGGAUUUUUUUUAUGGACAGUGUUGCCUUUUCACAUUUGUAUUCAGAACAAGAUAGUUGAAUGAAAAAAAAGAACCCCUCCUCAACCUUUUGAUCCGCAGCCCUCUCAGCUGUUUAGCAUUACGUUCAAAUUGCUGUUUACAGAAACCCAGAGGAUAGACAUAAAAGUUUGACUUUCUUACCCGUGGUUGUUUUGUUUUUUUGUUUUUUUGUCUUUAAAAUUUCAGUAUUAUCUCUUUGUUGGCCAAGAAAGUGUUUAUUGUCAGUAUGUAUAUAUGUGGUCAUUUUGUUUUUGAUCAAAAUUUUGUACUUGGUUUUACUUAACCGUGCUGCAUAAAGAGCUUCUUUUGUCAUCCAAUGGAAAGAAUCUCUUUUAUAGAAAAGUACUCAUGUACUGUGCAUAUGUUAUAAACGUUUGCGGCAGCCAAUGCCAAGUUCACAACCAGGGGAAAUCAAGUUGGACUUAUGGGAGAAACUGAAGUUGGCUCUUUGUGCUGACUUUUUAAAUUUUAUAUACAGUAGCCUAUAUAUCUUGAAGGUACUGUUUAUGUGUGUCAAAAUGUACACUUACUCAUUUUUUUCCCGAAAACCCAGACUGUACUUAUGGUCAAGGACUUUAGAGAGGUAAAGUUGCACAAAAUGACUUUAUGACCUUUUUUGUGUCUUGAAUGUGUGAACUGUUAAAAAAAGCUGCACUUACAGUUCUUUGGUUUUAAUCAAAAAACACAUAGCCUCCACUGAAAACCGGAAAAGGGGACAUUGUGUUUUUUACAUGAAGAGAAUUGAAAGAAAU